AUGGCACCUCCAACUUUCGCUGAUCUUGGAAAAUCCGCCAGGGACCUUUUCAACAAGGGUUAUAAUCAUGGUUUCCUGAAAGUUGAUGCUACUACGAAAGCAGGCGAUUCUAAAGAAGUGGAGUUCAAGACAGCUGCAUCUCACAAUUUGGGCUCAGGGAAGCUUGGCGGAAAUCUCGACGUAAAGUACAAAAUUCCUUCAUACGGUCUGACAUUGACGGAAAAAUGGAACACUGAAAACCAGCUGGGUACCAUUAUUGAAGUGAAUGAACAGUUUGGACGUGGACUUAAAUUGACGUUUGAUUCCGUUUACGCUCCUCAUGCUGGUAAGCGGACUGGAAAACUGAAGGCCGAUUGGUCCCUCCAAACUGCGCGGCUUACCGCUGAAGUUGGUCUCACUUCUGCUCCUGUUGUUAAUGCUGCUGGUGUAUUCAGCCGCGAAGGGUGGCUAUUCGGUGCUGCAGCUAGCUUUGACACCGCUACCAAUAAACUCGCUUCUACAUCCUUGGCUUUUGGACAUCAAACUAGCAACUACACUUUGCAUUCGUUUGUCGUCAACUCGACCGAUUUCGGUGCUUCCCUCUACCACAGAGUUGCUCACAAUGUUGAGAUUGGAACCAUGCUAGGAUGGAAGGUCGGAGGUAACGGAGCGGACUUUGGCCUUGCUGCGAAGUAUGCCCCUUCAAGAGACCUUCUUCUUCGAGCAAAACUUAACAACAGUAGCCAGAUUGCACUGGCUGCUACACAUUCUCUUUCUCCUGACCUCAAGAUGACUCUUUCGACUCAGUUCAACUUGACCUCGAACGACCAUCACAAAUUUGGAAUGGGCCUCGAGUACGAGCCAUCGCAGUAA